ACAAAACACAUCCAGGCAGAAGUUCUGAUCUGCGCGCGAGAGAUUCUCCCACAAUUCAGUGUGUCUCUCAGCUCUGCACAGCGCUGCAUGUUUGCUGGAUGAUUCGCUGCUUAAUUUCCCGUCGCUGUGUUGCGCUAACAUGUCUGUGACACCUGCUCUAAUUAACUAGCUAACACGGUAUGUGAUUAAUGAACACGCCUCCGUGCCGCGGCGCUACUCUGCACCGGAGCGGGGCCACUCUGCCCCUGUGAGUCUCUUACUGUGCGCUGCCGUGCUGAGACACCAGGCAAGAUCCUGCAUGAGGAUGGCCCACGCACAGGGCGGGGAGACGGUGCGACACUGCAUGAGCUGUGCAAGGCCAGAGUCUGUCACAAUCUUCAGGUCCCACAUCCACUGGGUCAUGUUGACCAGGUAGCUUGCUUAAUUGUAUCAAAAAAUGUAUGAUUCAUAUGUAAAGGAAAGCAACAUUACCCUACCAUACCUGAAUCCUGGAUGCAUUUUCCACAUCAAAACCACAUCACAGAGACACUAAGAUUGUGUUAAGGUUUUACACGGAGAUGGCAAGAAGCAGAGGGCUGCCUGGAAGAGAAGGUACCAACCACAACCUAAACUUAUACCCUACAAGCUACACGAAGAUACAGGCUAAUGAGGGUAGAGACCUCACAAAAAGCAAGGGUACAGGCCACAAAACAAGCAAGGAUGCAGGCUACAAACCAGGCCGCAAAGUAAGAGAGACUACAGGCUACAAACCAGGCCGCAAAACAAGCAAGGAUGCAGGCUACAAACCAGGCCGCAAAGUAAUAGAGACUACAGGCUACAAACCAGGCCGCAAAACAAGCAAGGAUGCAGGCUACAAACCAGGCCGCAAAGUAAGAGAGACUACAGGCUACAAACCAGGCCGCAAAACAAGCAAGGAUGCAGGCUACAAACCAGGCCGCAAAGUAAGAGAGACUACAGGCUACAAACCAGGCCGCAAAACAAGCAAGGAUGCAGGCUACAAACCAGGCCGCAAAGUAAGAGAGACUACAGGCUACAAACCAGGCCGCAAAACAAGCAAGGAUGCAGGCUACAAACCAGGCCGCAAAGUAAGAGAGACUACAGGAUACAAACCAGGCCGCAAAACAAGCAAGGAUGCAGGCUACAAACCAGGCCGCAAAGUAAGAGAGACUACAGGCUACAAACCAGGCCGCAAAACAAGCAAGGAUGCAGGCUACAAACCAGGCCACAAAGUAAGAGAGACUACAGGCUACAAACCAGGCCGCAAAGUAAGAGAGACUACAGGCUACAAACCAGGCCGCAAAACAAGCAAGGAUGCAGGCUACAAACCAGGCCGCAAAGUAAGAGUGACUACAGGCUACAAACCAGGACACAAAACAAGCAAGGAUGCAGGCUACAAACCAGGCCGCAAAGUAAGAUAG